AGAUCAUGGUGGUAGAGUGGAGAAUUCUGGCUUGCAUGCUGGUCAUGCAGGCCAGUUACAUCAAUCACGUGGUUCAGGGUUGUCAGACUAGGAGUUCACAUGACGGAGAAAGAAUGAGUCAUAAGGGUACAGAACCAGACUAUGACCCUAUUCCUACUCCCGGAUCCCCGAACUCUAUUCCUACAGAUCAGACCAAGGAAUCGAAAAAUAAUGUUGAGGAUGUAGACAGAGAAAGAGAAAUCGGAGAAAUUAAGGUUGGUAAAAGAUGGGAGUUUCCAGUUGCCCAGACUAAGCUUGGUAUGCUCUGGGGUACAGUAGAGGAAUCAAGAGGCGGAAAGCGUAUUCUAGCGUUCAGGGGGGUUCAGCAUGUACAGCCCCCGACAGGGUCGCGUAGAUUCAGGCCCCCUGUACCAGUUCAAAAAUGGGAAGGAAUAAAGGAAGCAAAGCAUAACGGUCAUAUCUGCCCCCAACAUCUUGCAACAAAGCCUGAUAUAUGGGUUGGAGAUGAAGACUGUUUGUGGUUGAAUGUGUUCACUAGGGAUUUAGUGGUGAGUAAACGUCGGCCUGUUAUGGUCUGGAUUCAUGGCGGGAACUUUGCACGUGGUUCUGCCGCGGAAUAUUCCCCAGAUUAUCUGCUGGAUCAGGAUAUCGUCUUAGUUACCAUACAGUACAGAUUGGGAAUGUUUGGUUUCCUAUCAACUGAAGACAGUCUUUUACCUGGAAACUAUGGUAUGCGUGACCAGCUCGCUGCUCUUCUAUGGGUCAAACAGAACAUAGAAGCUUUCAGUGGGGAUCCUGGUCAAAUAACCCUAGUUGGACAGCAGGCUGGGGGGGCUAGUGUUCACUACCAUCUUCUCUCUCCACUCACUAGAGGACUCUUUAACAGAGCUGUUUCUUUAUCUGGAUCUGCCCUAUGCUGGUGGGCAAGCUUGAAGCGCCCCCUGGAGCGCGCAAAUAAACUCGCUAAGCUGGUCGACUGCCAGAACCAAGACAAGGAGACCAUGAUCAAAUGCCUCAGGGAGAAGCCAAUGGAUUUACUGAUGAACACACAUCCUAACUUUUAUGAAUGGAAACAUUUAGAGCAGAACCAGGAACCUCUUACUUCCUGGUCUCCCAGGGUUGAUGUAGAGGCUACUGUCCCAUUUAUGCCUCAGGAACCGAUUGAUUUGAUGACAAGUGGUAACUUCCAGCACGUUCCAUUCAUAAUAGGAGUAACUGAUGAUGAGGGAGCAGGCAGAGGAGCAACAUUUUUCUCCGAUAUGGCCGGAGUCAGAGAUUUCGAGGAGAACUUUGAAAAGAUCGGUCCUCUGCUUUUUGGGUUCCAUGAUGGGCAGUCGGAAGCUCCAAAAAUUAUGGCUAAGAAGGUGAAGGAUUUUUAUUGGGCUGAGAAGCGGCUCGAUAAAGAUAUAGCUUCCUCGCUCAUUGACGCAAUAUCAGACAGUUCUUACGCACAUCCUAUAGAUACGACAGGAAAGAUUCAUGCAAUGAAGAGUGCUGCUCCUGUGUAUGUUUAUCAUUUUGGAUACAAGGGUGAGUUUUCUAUGACUCGCCUGGCGACGAAUGAGUAUCCUCCCAAAAUUGUGGACACAGAUAUUAACCUCGGAGCUGCAAACGGUAAUAAAGAAUAUACUUAAGAAAAAUUAUCUAUU